AUGAGGAUGAAAAUUGCAAUUGGUGCUGCUAAUGGCCUUGCAUUUUUACAUGAGGAAGCUUCAAGGCCAAUAAUAUUUCCAGAUUUUAAGACCUCUAAGAUCUUAUUGGAUAUGGAUUGUAACGCAAAACUUUGGGACUUUGGUCUUGCUAAAGAAAUUCAUUUAACAACUAAAGUACUACGAAUAAAAGGCUAUGAAGCCCCUGAGUACAUGAUGACUGGAAACAUUACUUCUGAGAGCAAUGUUUAUAGCUUUGGGGUUGUUCUACUUGAGAUGUUGACAGGAAGAAGAGCCUUGGAUCAGACAAUGCCUAUAGAAGAACAAAACUUGAUAGAAUGGUUGCGACCUCAACUUAGAGACAAAGGAAAGUUUCAUUAUUUAAUGGACCCUAGACUUGAAGGUCAAUACCCUACAAAAUGUGCUCAUAGGACAAUGAGGUUAGCUACUCAUUGUCUUCGCCUAGACCCUAAAGCAAGACCACUUAUGAGUGAAGUAGUUCAUGAGUUGAAGAAUUUGCAUGAUAACAUGGUUAGUGAACUUGGUCCUUCCAACCGUGUCUGUGCUAAUAAGUAUGGUCUUGGAAUACCUUCAUCACCAAAUGUUUUAAGGUGUUUUCAAGCCUCACCACAAUGUCAAUACUAUCCUCUACCUCUACCUCCAGAUCCACCAAAUCCUAGUGUUGGAUCUUCAUCUAAAUCCUAA